GACACUACUGAAUGUUCUAAAAAACUAUAUAUAGUUAUAAGAUAAGACCUACUAUCCUACAAGAAGUUAAAGAUGAACACUACUACCACUUCAUCUCUUACUUUCCUUCUUCUCGUGCUCUUUUCGUGCUCGCCGGCGGCAUAUGGCGACGGCCGCCGCCUUUUUCUCGAUUGCCUAUCCCAAAAACUCCAUAACUACUCUUCCAUUUCCAACAACAUAGUUUUCACAAGAAACAACCCUUCUUACACUUCCAUCCUCCAAUUUUCCAUCCGAAACCCGAGAUUCGCCUCAGAGUCUAACCAUAAACCAUUCGCGAUCAUAACCCCACAACACGAAUCUCAAAUUCCGCCUGUCAUAUACUGCGCUAAAAGCUCAGACAUAGAGAUCAGAACCCGAAGCGGAGGCCAUGACUUCGAGGGACUAUCUUAUGUCGCACAACUCCCCUUCGUGAUCGUUGAUCUUAUCAAUCUAAGCGAAAUAACCGUUGACGUCAAGAAAAAAACUGCGUGGGUCGGAGCUGGCGCGACCAUAGGCGCAUUAUACUACAGAAUCGCCGAGAAAAGCCCGGUUUUAGGAUUUCCCGCCGGUUUCUGCCCGACCGUCGGGGCCGGGGGACACUUCAGCGGCGGUGGCUGGGGCCUCAUGAUGAGAAAGUACGGCCUCGCUGCGGAUAACGUCGUCGACGCGAGAAUAGCCGACGUCAGCGGCAGAAUACUAGACAGAAUGUCAAUGGGCGAGGAUCUGUUCUGGGCAAUCAGAGGCGGCGGCGGCGCCAGCUUCGGCGUAAUCACUGCCUGGAAGGUACAGCUGGUGGAUGUUCCAGAAACUGUCACUGUUUUCACAGUGAGCAGAACGCUGGAACAGAACGCGAAUCAACUCAUUCACCGCUGGCAAUACGUAGCUCCAAAUAUCCACAAAGAUUUGUUCCUCGGAAUCACGAUAAGCAGAGUGAACUCCAAUGCCUCCGGCCAUGGCGGGAGGAUCAUGACGAUAAAUGCUUCUUUCUUUUCGCAGUUUCUCGGCGGCGCCUCCCGAUUGCUGGCGUUGAUGCAAGAACAUUUCCCCGAGUUAGGCCUUAAAAGAGAAGAUUGCAUAGAGAUGAGCUGGAUCCAAUCCGUUCUCUACGCCGACGGAAUCCCAACUGAAUCUCCGCCGCAAAUCUUGCUAAACAGAACUCAACCAAACAUAGCAUUCUUCAAAGGAAAGCCGGAUUACGUGGAGAAUCUGAUCUCCGAGAAGGAAUUUGAAGGAGUCUGGCAAUAUUUCUACGAGGACGAGGGGGCCUCGGCCUUCGUGCUGAUGGUGCCUUAUGGGGGGAGAAUGGCGGAGAUUCCAGACUCCGCCAUUCCUUAUCCCCAUAGAAAAGGGAAUCUAUACACAUUUGGAAGCUUAGUGGUGUGGCAGGAAGAGGAAGAUUCCGAAAGGUAUAUCGGUUGGAUUCGGAGGCUGUUCGAUCACAUGACUCCUUAUGCUUCGAAGAAUCCGAGGGGGGCGUAUGUCAACUACAGAGAUCUUGAUAUCGGAGUGAACAACGUUGAUGGAAAGACGAGCUAUGCGAAAGCGAGCGUUUGGGGGAAGAAGUAUUUCAAGGAUAAUUUCGAUCGUCUUGUUCGAGUGAAAACGAUGGUGGAUGCAGAUGAUUUCUUUAGGAACGAGCAGAGUAUUCCACCGAUUAUUAGCAAAAAAGCAUAAGCAUCCCACUGGUUUCUUCCCUUCUGGAAAUUUGUUCUCUGUCCAUGGUAUAACAUGUAUUGCCAUAAAAUAAUUUAUAUGUCACUAAUCACAUGAAAAAUGACUAAUUACUUAUUGAAUAUCGAAUAAUUAAGCUUAUGUUUGGUUGA